AUGCCGUGCGCGACAGCUAAUAUUCUCUUCUCGACUUUUACUCCGACCGCCCGUCAGAGAGAGAAAUCAUCACUGUUGGACUCAACGUUGGCCAAGUCCCUACCGCCGCGCAAGCAAGACGACUCCGGAGACAAAUUAAAAACGGGAUGGAAGUGGCCGAAGUCCUUAGAAACCUUAGUCUACAGGAAAGAAUGGACAUGGAGCGUGCUGCGGAGAUUACUCGAAGUCGAAGACGCCAUUAAUUGCUUGAAGCCAUGGGCCACCCUUUCCACCCUUUUCAGUCUUCUUUUAGUCUGUUUCGACAGUGAGUUAUAA